AUGAGCGGUCCCAGGGAGGACGGCCGCUGUCGCAGGGCCAUCAGCAUCCUCAGCGAGCUGUGCCAGAAGAAAAUCCUGCCCAGCUUGGACCUGGACACCUGCAGGGAAUUCCUCCUGCUGCCUUCUGACCAGAGCCUCAUUAUCUCCGAGCCAGAGCUCUCCAUCAGCCUCCUGGCAGUGAUAGUUGUAGUGUGUGGCCUGGCUCUGGUGGCAGUGUCUGUGUUUCUCUUUUGGAAGCUGUGCUGGGUUCCCUGGAGGAACAAAGCCCUUUCCUCCCAGCUGGCCGUGCUGCACAGCGAGGCAGGAGACAAGGACAGCAUGGCAGACAAGCUCAAGGACACGGGGGCCAUCAGCUUCCUGGAGGCAGCUGUGAAGAUCAGCCACACGUCCCCAGACAUCCCUGCAGAGGUGCAGAUGUCCAUGAGGGAUCACAUCAUGAGGCGCACCCGGAUCCAGAGACAAACCACGGAGCCAGCAUCCUCCACCAGGCACAUCUCCUUCAAGAGGCACCUGCCCCGGCAGAUGCACGUGGCCAGCAUGGAUUACGGGCUGGAGCCGCCGGCCGUGGCCGAGCAGCCCACCAGCAUCGGCCGCAUCAAACCCGAGCUCUACAAACAAAAAACCGUGGACGCCGAGGACACCAAGAAAGAGGCGGAGAAAACCUGCGGGAAAAUCAACUUCACUCUCAAGUACGACUACGAGAACGAGACGCUGACCGUGAGAAUCCUCAGGGCUUUUGACCUGCCAGCCAAGGACCUGUGUGGCAGCUCGGAUCCCUACGUGAAGAUCUACCUCCUGCCCGACCGCAAGCGCAAGUUCCAGACACGAGUGCACAGGAAGACCCUGAACCCCACCUUUGACGAGUCCUUCCACUUCCCCGUGCCCCACGAGGAGCUGGCCAGCAGGAAGCUCCACCUGAGUGUCUUUGACUUUGACAGGUUCUCCAGGCACGACAUGAUCGGAGAGGUCAUCCUGGAGAACCUGUUCGAGGACUCAGACCUGUCCCGGGAGACUUCCAUCUGGAGGGACAUCCAGUAUGCCACCACGGAAAGCGUGGACCUGGGCGAGAUCAUGUUUUCCCUUUGUUAUUUGCCAACUGCAGGUCGCCUCACCUUAACAGUCAUUAAAUGCAGGAAUCUCAAAGCUAUGGACAUCACAGGUUACUCAGAUCCAUAUGUCAAAGUGUCUUUGCUCUGUGAUGGGCGAAGACUGAAAAAGAAGAAAACCACCAUAAAGAAAAACACACUUAAUCCCACCUACAAUGAAGCAAUAAUCUUUGACAUUCCCCCCGAGAACAUGGAUCAAGUCAGCCUCCUUAUCUCUGUCAUGGAUUAUGAUCGGGUGGGUCACAACGAGAUCAUCGGGGUUUGCCGUGUGGGGAUCAACGCCGAGGGCCUGGGCAGAGACCACUGGAACGAGAUGCUCGCCUACCCCCGCAAGCCCAUCGCCCACUGGCACCCGCUGGUGGAGGUGAAGAAAUCCUUCAAAGAGUGGCACGGCCGGGCAGCGAGCUUCGACAGCCAGGGCUCCUGUCCCUCCCCCAAACCACCCCCCACACCGUGA